UUAUUUAGAGCGCGUAUUGAUUUUGGAUCUGAUUUCCAAUUGGACUGUGCGCUUAUCCUCCAUUCGAUCCACUAGGGGACCAUGUGUGGUCCCUGAAGAAACUCAACCCCGGCCCUGCACAUGCCCUUCAAAAAUGUACAAGGGUGGGCAUCUAGUGUUCCUGACAACCCUUGUUCAUUCCCUGCGACAAGCCGCAUCAGCAAGAGCCUUCUGUUAGGAUCGUUGGAUCCGUCCUGCUUCUCCGGUUGAAACCAUGGGCACUCCUGAAGAAGAUGAGUCGCCUCGGCCGUCAGACAUCACAGUUUUCGGAGCCAACUGCACCCUUCAUGGGCUCAGCCACAUCUUCCUGCCCGGAGGAGUCACCAUCCGUCGCUUGCUCUGGGCAUCUGCCUUCGUCAGCUCGCUCUCCAUCUUCCUCUACCAGGUAGCCGGAGCGGUGAUGGAGUAUUACCGGUAUCCUCAUGUCACCAUCUUGGAUGAGAUGGACAGCCCACUCAUGUUCUUCCCAGCCAUCACCCUUUGCAACUACAACAGUUUCCGGCGCUCCAAGAUGCAGCGGAAUGAUCUUUUCUGGAUGGCAGGGCUUCUCGGUGUGGAACAGAGCGACUUUGAUGACUUCUUGGCCGCCCUGGGACAACCGGUGGAUGACAGCAAGUUUUUUCCGAGUAAGACGUUUAACAUGCUGGAGUUUGUGCAGAGGACAAGCCACAGCAUCGAAGAGAUGCUCCUGGACUGCAAGUACCGGGGCAAGGACUGUGGACCAGAGAACUUCACUACAAUUUAUACGAGAUAUGGCAAGUGUUACACCUUCAACUCGGGCCUGGAUGGCAACCCCUUGCUGACAACGUUAAAAGGCGGCACAGGGAAUGGAUUGGAGAUAAUGCUGGAUAUACAGCAAGAUGAAUACCUGCCAGUGUGGGGAGACACGGAUGAAACAUCGUACGAAGCAGGCAUCAAAGUCCAGAUCCACAGCCAGGACGAGCCGCCCUUCAUAGACCAGCUGGGAUUUGGUGUGGCCCCUGGUUUUCAAACUUUUGUGUCUUGUCAGCAGCAACUGCUUCAGUAUCUUCCACCGCCCUGGGGCGACUGCCAAUCCACUGCCAUGAACUCGGAGUUCUUCUCCACCUACAGUAUAACAGGGUGUCGUAUCGACUGUGAAACCCGGUAUCUGCUGGAGAACUGCAACUGCAGGAUGGUGCACAUGCCAGGCACCUCCACCGUAUGCACCCCAGAGCAGUACAAGGACUGUGCAGAUCCUGCUUUGGAUUUCCUCGUCGAAAAGGACAACAACUAUUGCGUGUGCCCGACACCUUGCAAUAUGACUCGCUAUGGCAAGGAGCUCUCCAUGGUGAAAAUACCCAGCAAAGCGUCUGCCAAAUACCUGGCCAAGAAGUUCAACAAAUCAGAGCAGUACAUCGGAGAAAACAUAUUAGUUCUGGAUAUCUUUUUUGAGGCCCUGAAUUAUGAAAAGAUUGAGCAGAAGAAGGCAUAUGAAGUGGCUGGUCUACUAGGUGACAUUGGUGGGCAGAUGGGACUGUUUAUAGGAGCUAGUGUCCUGACGAUACUGGAAAUAUUUGAUUAUUUGUAUGAGGUGUUUAAGGAUAAAGUAUUGGGCUACUUUCUACGUAAAGGACGGCCACGUCGGAGUGCAAGUGAUAAUCUGGACUACUCUGAGAACCCCACCAGCCCUGGUGUCACGCCUAAUCAUACCCCCAGAGCACAUGCGACACACUCCGGAGUCACUCGGACAGCCUCGGAUUCGCGCCGAACGUGCUACCUAGUCACCCGACUCUAGGCAACUUCGAGGAGUUCGCUUGUUGACGACGCGGUCGGCGAGGGACGAUUAGCGGGUCCGACGGCAAACUGUGAUUCCGACUUGUAUACAUGUACAUAUCUACACGCACAGUACGUGACGAGUAGUUCCAAUCGGUCAACGAAUAAAAUCAAUGCCUGAAUAGAAUCAGAUAUCACCCGUAA